UAGAAUAUGCUCCAGAGGUUUGUGAACAUAAUCUGGUCCUGAGUGUUUGGGAUAGUAUGACGAGCUUUCUAAAAGUCUUCCCGCAAAAGGCGGUACGCGACGAGAAUGCCCAUUCUCCGUUCUUGUUCAACUUCGUCCCCGAUGAAAUACUGAGGCGAACGCUGGGAGGUUUUCAAAAUUCCGGUGCUCAACUCAUUGCUGGUGAGGACCUUAUCGAUCUGGAGCGCACAGACGAUAUCGUCCUCAUGUUUGAAGACGAAGAUGCUAUCAAGUUAAUGAAACAGUCACUUCAGGUGUCGUGUUCGCCACUGGUCUCUGCAAUACCGCGACCAAGCAGUGCUGAAACGGACUCCAGCGACUACUACACUUCAGUUGUAUAUGAGUUCCAAGACGGCGACGAGUCCAACAGUCUUCGUUCGCUUGGAUAUCAGAAACCGAAGCACAUGUGGAUGGCGAAAGAUCAGGCACUACUCAACUCAUUGAAAUCUUCCAGUCCAUCAGCGCCUUCCAUUACUGAGCUAAGCACGUCUUCGUAUGUUGAUACUCCUCCAUGUUCACCUUCUGCUAAUGGAUCCGCGGCGUGCAUCAUCGACUCUGGAUUACCAAGUGUGUCAGUCGCAACCUCACCAUAUCAUUCGGUUCAUCUUCCAGACUCACCUACGCUGGAAACUAGCACCCGUCAGUCAGCAUUUGUCGCGCCCUCACCGCUAAAUGCAACAACCAGCAGCGCCUAUAGUCGUUCGCCGCCUGUCUCAGUCGACGGGUUGAGCACUUUGUGCAGCGUGAAUUCUUGUCUUUCCCCGCCUUCCGUCACUGAUGUUUGUCCUACUCUGUCUGCGCAGAUGACCGAGCCGUCCUUAUCGAAACCGAUCGCUGAUUCCAACCGCUGUGAUCACCCGUCCUUAGCCGAAGGCGUGAUAUCAACAGAACUGAGCCCUAUGAAACAGGAACCAGUUGACAAGCCCAAAGGUAUCUUCGCCCGGACUACCAAACGCAGUAGUAAUCGUUGUAAAAGUACCCCCGUAGAACCGCGCCGAAGACGAACAGUUCGCCCCAGACGAUCAGAUACCGCUGUUUCCAAUGAGUCCUUGAAGUUCGGACUGAAGGUGAAGUUACCUUUGCGUUCUAUAAGUCAACUACCUGGUUCUUUGGAAAGUGGCGCUUUGUCAUCACCGUCUCCAGUUUCCGUAAAGUCCACCGCCAGUGACUGUACAUUGGUGAGAUCCCAAUCUUCAAAGUCUUCACCAGACCGCCCUACAACAGUACCAGGUGGAUUGAAGAUUCGUCUACGACGGGAUGACAUAACUUUUGAUCUCUCCUCCAAACGCACCAAACGGUUAAGAAACGGUAAUUCCUCCGGUAGCACCUUUCGAAUCGUUGAGUCCUGGUGUGACACGGAUGCACCCGGUGGUGAAUUUUCCAGGCGGAAGAUGGCUUCAACGUCACCAUCGUUAUUGUUCACCUCUUGUAACGGUAGUGUGCGUGUGGGUGAUAUUGUGUGGGCGAAAUUAGCUGGUUAUCCCUAUUGGCCUUCAAGGGUUAGUGCAAUCUGGGCACGCACUGCACAUCAACUGGCUCAGGCUACGCCACUUCCACCCCAACAAACUGGCGACUCUACCUCAUCUCUCUCCGUCCUUGCCACGCCAUCUGAUCCAGCCCUUGCUGCCGGCUAUACUGCUCGUGUCGAUUGGCUCGCAUGGGACCAGUGCUCAUAUCUCAGUUGCGCCAAACUUUAUCCCUUCAAAGAAGCUUAUGAAAAGAUGUACAACCCGCGCACACGUGUCAAGGGUUAUGCAGAUGCAGUUCGCUUAGCUAAACGGUUCGCCGAUGAUCCCGAAUCACUGACUGAUUGUGUAGAAUGUCAGCUCCCAGAUCUUUCCCCAAACGCGAAAUCCUUUUCAACUUUAUCCAGCCAGGUGUCUGCGCCCCCGAGUACGGAUAGUCACUGGUCAGCAACCAACACUCUUCCCUGUUCUCUAGAACCACCUCUGUCGAAUGCAAGUAAUCCUCGAUCAAGUGAAGUCAUUGAAAAAGACACUGCAUCUGUUGUUUCUGACACAGUGGCCGAUCAGAUUGAUGUGCUUCACAAAGUUUCUUCGGCACUUGAUAGUCCGACUUUAUCGGAUUCCGCACUGCGUGCAUUGGGACCUGGGGACAGGAAUAUAGAGUUAUGUGUUGCAAAUGGUGGGUCUGCCGCCUGGGCACCUUUACCUCAGUUAGAUAUAUCUGGAUUCGGAGAUUUCGUGUCACAUGUGCCCACUUUUUCCGAAGAUGAAGAUGAAAUAGACGAGUCGGUUGCUCGUCAGCUACAGCUAGAUUUUGGCCCUUGUGUGUGAAUGGUGUGUCAACUACUUGCCGAUAGCUGCAGUCACUCCGUAUAGUGUUAUCUGGCAAUUGUGAUAUCUGAUGCUCUUCUGGGUUCACACUUCUCCUAGCACUGACACACACUAACUGGCCAAUAUUACACUUUCUAUUUUCCAUGUUUUCGUUCAUUUCAUUUGGCGCUGGAUCUGAUUGGAACGCGCUUUCUUGUUGGCGUGAUUGUGUGUACAUAGCCCUCUUAACAACGUCCUCCUAUGACUACCUGAUCUUGACCAACUGUACCAUAGUCUUAAUCAAUAUCCUCUGUCCGGAGUCCACGUGAUUUAAUGUAUUUUUCUCUUCAAUGAAGCCGCUUUGUAUACUUCACAAGUUGACUGUGUUACUAAUGUUGACCUACCACACUUCCCUCUGACGCUCUCUUCCACUUUCCACUAUUCAGUUGGCCUUUCAAACAGCGGUAGUAACGUAAGAAUGAAAUAUCGGUCUACUGUCUCAUUCCGGCAUUAUUUUGUAACGCAUACAACUAGCAUGCCUGCUUCUUGUCUGUUCCGCUCUUAACGCAUGGGACAAACUGGUUGGUCAGGGAUUUCCAGCUCUGCCUUGUCCGCGUGUCGUUUGCAGAAUAAAAAGAAACGAAGAGCUGCUUGUGCCGACUUUUUUUUAUUGCCACCACUACUAUCGUGAUUCUCAUCAUCUUUUGACUACUUGACAAAGACUGAUUCUUGAUUUGUGGGUAUUUCUCCUACGUGCCUCAGCAACCCUCUUCCUUCCCUCCCAUCUCUGUGAGUUGUGAAUUAAUUGUACAGGCAUGACAACGUCGCAGUCGUUUUCUCACAUUCGAGCUAAGUGCACACUUCACGCGCGUCCAUCCGAUACACGGCCUAUUUUAUUGGAGCCACUGAUCUCUCAAACAAACACUGUUUACCCAC